CUUCACUCCACUUCGAGGACUGUAGAUAUCCUACCCUAAACAAACAGACAUGGACACCAAGAUUGUAGUAUUCAUCUGCAUUAUGGGCGUAGCCAGCGCAGGUGUGGUCGCCCCUCUACCCUUAGCACGAGUGGACCCGCUUCCCCAGUACUCGUACGGAUACGAUGUACAGGACGCACUUACGGGCGAUUACAAAGGGCAUCAAGAACACAGGAACGGAGAUCUAGUAACUGGAUCAUACACAGUCGUCGAUCCCGAUGGCACAAGAAGGAUUGUGGACUACGCGGCUGAUCCAUUGAACGGUUUCAACGCGGUCGUACGCCGGGAACCAUUAGUGGUUGCAGCUCCCGCAAGAGUGGUUGCACCUGCUCCCGUAGUUGCACCCGCACCAGUGUUACCGCGUGCCCCAAUUCUGGCACCUGCCCCCGCGCCCCUUCUCGCCCCUGCCCCCGCACCCCUUCUGGCCCCAAGACUACCUAGUCCAUAUUUCUUUUAGAUGAAUUAUUACAAUUUUGUUGUUUUUUGUACUUGUAAUUUUUUAUGGCUGUUAUUUAUACUAUUAUAAUAUUUGAAAUUUAAUUGUAUUUUAUU